AUGAAUACAGCCCAGGCGGGGGAUCAACAGCAGAACACGGCCCCAGGAAUAACCGAUGACCCUUCCAACGGCAGCGCCUCCGGUAAGAAACGAUGGAGACGCAACCGGAUAGCCUGCGACUCGUGUCAUAGCCGUCGCGUGCGAUGCGACCGGGCCUUCCCAUGUUCACGCUGCCUGCGCAAUGAGACCCGAUGCGAAUUCACACGAGAACUUCGGAAGCGCGGGCGGAUUGCACGAUCGAAGCAGGCGGGGCUGGAUACCGCCAAUGGCGCAUCGGACAGGCGUGCUGUUGAGCGCAACAAUAUGAAAACAGUGUCGCCGACGAGGGAUAGAAAUACGUCCCCAACGGGUAGUGCUCACCAUCGAUCACCUACGACAAACGACCCGACUGUGGCACCCGCCCCCAGCGUCGAUGGGCAUCGUGGACUGGGGCCGGAGGCGAAUGCUACGGAAGAAUGGCUGUCAUCGACACAUCUGUCUUCGGAAUCUUAUGGGUUUUUGAACGGCGCGGGUUGGAGGGAUGGUUCUCUGCCACGAAUGUUGGACUUCUGGAACGGAGUCGACUUUGCUGGUCAAAGUGCUCAGACUCCCUCGGCUUCAAAGAUGGCACCCAUCGCGCAGACGCCGGGGUCGUCUUCGACCUCAACAUCGCUCAAAUACCCUGUGUUACAACCAUUGAUGCCAUUUCUAGAGGGCACUUUAUCCCGACGACUGGUCUUUGACCUUUUGGAGCUCUACUUUACCAGCGCGUUCUCUACUCAUAUGCACCCGGUCUGCCAUCACAUCCACUGCUAUGUCCUACGAAAAGCGUCCUUCUUGACAACCGAUACUCCCCGGCCAACCAGCCCGGCGCUGUUGGCAAGUAUGCUCUGGGUAGCAGCUCUGGACGACCGCGCCUUUGCUUUAGCCAUUUCCCCGCCGCAGCGUAAAAAGAUCUGUCAGUUCUUAUGCGCGCUGACCAUCCGACUGCUGCGGCCAUUGAUCCAUGCUUCUUUUAAAGAACAGGACAGCUCUGCACCUCGCGAUGUGCCUUAUGCUGCCGUCGGUCCAGAAUGCCCACCUGUAGCUACCAUGCACCAUCCCUCUACAGGAACUGGAGACGACCGGGGCCUAGUAGGCCCGGCUGGCUCUCUGGACGACGUCAUUACCUAUAUUCACGUUGCCUCGAUCAUCUCCUCCAGUGAGCAAAAGGCGGCUAGUAUGAGAUGGUGGCAUGCAGCAUUUACCUUGGCCCGUGAGUUGAAAUUGAACCAGGAGAUUGAGGUGGUACCAGAUAUGGACAGUAAUCCAGAAGGAUCGAGCCCACCCUUCGACGACUUCUUGCCCGGCUGGGGCGGCAUCGAUACCGGGAACUGGACCGACACCUUCAAUCCGGCGCGUCCUAGCUUAAACUGCGUUUGCGAUCGCGGACGUGACUGGCAAGGUACCCUCACCGAAGAACAUCGCGAGGAGCGCCGCCGGACGUGGUGGCUGCUAUACAUAAUGGACCGCCAUUUGGCACUUUGCUAUAACCGACCGCUGGCCCUGCUCGAUGCUGAGAGCGAGGAUCUCCUGCUCCCUUUGGAUGAAGGUACAUGGCAGGCAGGCAAUGUUCACAGCAAUAGUCCCAAGUCAGACGGUCCUCAAUGUCCACUUUCUGGCGAGAAGAACCGGCGACGUCUGUUUCCCAACUUCAUUUGCCAUGAUCACUCGAUUUUCGGCUUCUUUCUUCCUCUCAUGACGAUAACAGGCGAGUUAAUCGACCUGAAUCAGGCGCGAAAUCAUCCCAUGCUUGGGCUGCGAGUGCAGGGGAAGGAAGCCUGGGAUAUUCACAUCAGUGAAGUCCUGCGACAACUCGAAAUAUACAAGGCCAGCCUCACGACCUUCGCUGCUGCGGCGGCUACCGACCCAGAAGUGCCUGUGUCGGCAGCCUUUCCCUCAGAUCCCAAAACGGACCGACCGCCCGUCAUGGAUCCGUCGCUUUCUCAGGCAUACUCGUGGCAUACGCAGACUGUUAUCGCUUAUGCAUCUUAUCUAGUGCAUGUCCUUCAUAUCCUCUUAGUCGGGAAGUGGGACCCCGUGUCACUCAUCGAGGACAAGGACUUCUGGACAUCGUCGCCCGCAUUUGCGUCCACCAUUUCCCACGCUCUCGACGCAGCCGACUCCGCAGACCAGAUUUUACGAUUCGAUCCUGAUGUUAGUUUCAUGCCAUACUUCUUCGGCAUCCAGCUUCUCCAAGGCAGCUUCCUGCUCCUGUUGAUCGUGGAACGUCUGCAAAAGGAAGCUGGCGAGGGAAUCCUGAACGCUUGUGAAGUGAUGAUCCGUGCCACAGAGUCCUGCGUCGUAACUCUUAACACCGAAUACCAGAGGAAUUUCCGGCAGGUAAUGCGGAGUGCCGUGGCCCAGGCUCGCGGACGUCCUGUUGAUCAUAGUGAGAUUCGUCGACGACGUAAAGCAGUAUUGGCUCUUUAUCGAUGGACGCGGAAAGGGACUGGGUUGGCUCUAUGA